AUGGAACCAUUAGAGUGUGCGGUGUGUCUAAGCCCGUACGAGGAGGAAGAAACCCUACGUUUACUGCCCAAGUGUGACCAUGUUUUCCACCUUCUUUGCGUGGACCGCUGGUUGGCAGCUCACACCACAUGCCCAAUUUGCCGGGCCGAGCUUGUUAACACGCCAUACGAGUCGGCCCGGGUGGAUUCGAGUAGCGAUCACGAGGCGGAAAACGGGCCAAGAGUGGAGGUUGGAGUAAGACGGGAGAUAGAGGAUGAUCAUAUUAUUGACAUGAUUUGGAGAUGUUAUUCAACAGGACACUUGGCGCAAACUGAUUGGGUGGAGGAAGAUGAAGAGAGGACACAAGAAGCCGUAAGGACAGACUUUGUGAAAAGUAAUUUGACUAGGAGCAUUAGUUGUAGAAUUACAUUGGUCGAGAGGGGAUAA